AUGAAAUUCACUCGCUUCAUAGCCGGAUGCUUGCCUGCUUUGGCAUUUACCGCCCUGUCUCACGAAGCGGCUACAGCUGCCUCGUUGAUUCUGAACCUCCUGGAAAAUAUUGCUACAUCCAACUCCCCUACCGAACCUUUCGAAGACCAUGGGCAAGACCAUGGGCAAGACCGUCAGGCUCUGGAUAUACUCCGCAUCGCAAAGUUCAGGGGGAAGGCAAGGGAGUGUACCGAAAUCACUGAUGGCGAGUUUCUCGUUCGACUGAGCCAACACCUCGCUUUCGUGCAGCGGCCGGAGGAAACCAGGCACGAGGCAUUGCUCCGCCUGGUUGAGUAUCAGGCUGUCGGCCAGACUAUGUCAGAGAUCGUCCCAAUUGACGUGGGUACCAGAGAUCAGGGACUGGGCGUGUGUAUGUGA